AUGCAAAGAGAUGAUAUUCUUUGCCAAAUUUGUACAUCAAAUAAAGCAAAGUAUAAAUGUCCUAAAUGUUUAACUCCAUAUCAAUGUAAAGAAGAAAUUAAAAAGUCUGAACCAAUAUUACCUAAACGAAAAGACAAGAAAACAAAUUAUUUGAGUGAUACAAUCAAAGAAAAAAUACUUGAAGAUAAAAGACUAUUAGAAAUAUUACAAAUACCACGUACUAUUGAAUUAUUAAAAAUUGUUCAAGAAGAAGGUGUUGAUACAUUAAAGAGUUUGAUGUAUGGAGAAACACCAGACGAUAUAAUUUUUCAAAAUUUUGCAAUGAGACUUCUUCAAGCAGUAGGAUUACGUGAUUCACAAGGAGUUUGCAUUUUAUAA